AUGGAAUCUCUCCGUCGACUUGCGACGUUCCUCUUCGUAUUCGCUGUCGUCGGCUCGUCGGUCGCUGUCGCACGGGCGUCGUUCAUCGUGCAGACGCACAGCAUUCAGAUCACGGAGCCAAAGAGCAUUCGCGGGACGUACGACAGCGCAAUCGCCAACUUCGGAGUGCCUCAAUACGGCGGCACUCUAACGGGCGUGAUUGUAUACCUACAGAACAACAAGGCGGGAUGCACGAAAUUAUCCAAGUCGGAGGCCUUUAAGAAGGGCGUGGGUCAACGACCCACCAUUCUCAUGGUCGACCGAGGAGACUGCUACUUCAGUCAGAAGGUGUGGUACGCGCAGCUGGGCGGAGCAUCAGCCGUCCUGGUGGCAGACACGGACACAGAAUCCCUCGUCACCAUGGAGGCCCCUGUGGACGACCAGGACACCGACCGCUACGUCAACAACAUCACCAUCCCCUCCGCGCUCAUCGAGAAAGCCACCGGAGACAAGAUCCGCUCAGCUCUUUCCUCCGGGAACAUGGUCCUGGUGGACCUGGACUGGCGGGAGACGCUGCCUCACCCGGACGAGCGUGUGGAGUACGAGCUCUGGGGCACGAGUAACGACAUCUGCGGGCCGAAAUGCAACGACCUGACCAACUUUCUGGAUAAGUUCAAGGGCCUGGCGAUUACCCUCGAGCAGGGGGGAUACACGCUCUUUACGCCGCACUACAUCACGUGGUACUGCCCGCCAGACGAGGUGGACUCGAUAGCCUGCAAGAACCAGUGCAUUCACAAGGGGCGGUACUGUGCUCCGGACCCGGAGAGUGACUUCGAGGAGGGGUAUGAUGGGAAGGAUGUGCUGGUGGAGAAUCUGCGGCAGCUGUGCGUGUGGAAGUGGGCGAAUGACACGGGGAAGCCGUGGGUGUGGUGGGACUAUGUCACGGACUUCAGGAAGCGGUGCAGCAUGGCGGAUAAGAUGUUCAAUGCGGUGUGCGCCGAGACCGUUCUCACUUCGCUGGGCAUUGACGUGCGCACGGUGCGCACCUGUGUUGGCGAUCCCACGCAGGACGUGGAUAACCCGCUGCUGCAGCUCCAGGAGGAUGCGCAGGUGGGCGCAUUGGGGGGGCCGUGGGGAAACGCAUUGGGGGGGCGGUGGGGGAACGCAUUGGGGGGGCGAGUGGGGGGAGUCGGGCUCACCACGCAGGACGUGGAUAACCCGCUGCUGCAGCAGCAGGAGGACGCGCAGGUGGGCAAGAAUGGGCGCAGUGACGUCACCAUCCAGCCGACGCUGGUGAUCAACAACGAGCAGUACCGAGGUGGGCGCAUGUGGAGGCAGGGGGGAGGUGGGGGGCAGGGGGAGGUGGGGGGCAGGGGGGGGGGAGGGGGGGAGGUGGCGGGAAAGGGGGAGACUUGUCCAAUUCCUCCCCCCCUCCUCCACACCUCUUCCCCCCCACCUCCCAACAGGCAAGCUGGACCCAACGAGGGUGCUGAGAGCUGCAAACUGGAUCCCAUGGGCGUGCUGAGAGCUGUGUGCUCGGGGUUUGAGGAGGCCACUGAGCCGCCCGUGUGCCUGGGCGCAGCUGUGUGCUGGGGCUUUGAGGAGGCCACUGAGCCGCCUGUGUGCCUGGGCACAGGAGUGUGCUCGGGGUUUGCGGAGGCCACUGAGCCGCCAGUGUGCCUGGGCGCAGGUGAGGGGGGUGGGAUGGGGGGAGAGUGUGGUGAGCAGGACACGUUCAGAGGCAGGGUGUGCCAGUGCCCCAGCGACCCCGUCUCGGGGGUCAACUAUGUGGGGGACGGCUACAAAAAAUGCUCCCCCCAAGGCGUGGGGCGGUGCCGGGUGAAUCACGGGGGUUGCUGGAAUGCGGAGCACAGCGGCCAGACCUUCUCUGCGUGCGAUGACACGUCUGUGUUCGGCACGGGGUGCAGCUGCCCGUCGGGCUUCACGGGGGACGGGUACACGUGCACGGACGUGGACGAGUGUGCUGCUGACUCCACCGUCUGCAAGUGCCCUGACUGCCACUGCUCCAACACCUUUGGCUCUUUCGACUGCUCCUGCCCGGGCGGGCUGCUUUACAUGCGCGACUCAGACACGUGCAUCAACGGCGGCUUCACAUCGCACAUGUUUGGCAAGAUCUUGGCCAUCGUGGUGGCUGCGCUCAUCCUCGCUGCUCUCAUCAGCUUCGGCAUCUACAAGUACCGGCUGAGGGCCUACAUGGAUUCCGAGAUCCGCACCAUCAUGGCGCAGUACAUGCCGCUGGACAGCCAGCAGCAGGACGGGGCCACCCGUGAGAGCCUCGUGCAGAGCGCAUGA